UUUUUUCGCUGUUGACAUUUCAUUCGAUGUGUUUACUAUUUGCUAGCGCUUAAAAAAUAAAUUUAUGUUUUUAUUCUCAAAAAACAUAAUACAAUUUAUUAAAUUAUAUAAAACAAAAUAAACCACAAACUGAAAAAAUGGCAGAACAUAAUGGAAGCAUGGUAAAAGAUCCCAAAUUGGCUAUUAGCCGUAUAUUUAUCGGCAACAUCCCGGUAUGCACCAAAGAAGAACUAGAAAGUAUUGCCAUUCCCUAUGGCAAACCUAUCGACUCACUUGUCCAGAAAAAUUAUGGAUUUAUUCAAUUUGAAUCCGAAGAAAUUGCCAACAAAGCUGCAAAAGCUUUAAACAAAUCCCUAUUCAAAGGCAAUCAAAUAUCUGUUCGAAAUGCUGGACAUAAAAAGCGUCCAAAUCCAAAUGCGCCAGGAGCAGCAGCUGCUGCAGCUGCUAAUAAACAACCUUUCCCAGCACAAGUUCAAGGCUUCAAUCAUGCCACAAGAAAUAACCCAGAUUACAAUGAUUGCGAGAUUAUUGUUGUUGAUAGACAAAAUACUGCCUACGCUGAAUACAUUGAGAAUCGUUUAAAAACUCUCGGACUCCAAGUAGAUGUAUUGUUUCCAAAUGAAGAGGUUUCCCUUGGAAAAGUCCUCGCCAACAUAUCUUCUCGUGGCUGUAUGUACGCUAUACUGGUUACCCCACAAAAUGAGGAACUACGCAGCAUCACAGUGAACAUCCUCUAUGGUGUACCUGCCGAACAUCGGAACAUGCCAGUCGAUGAUGCUAUCAAUCUAAUUGGCGACGAUUUUCGUCUUCGAGUCGGCCCUCACAUCGCCAACAGCAAUCUACCCAAAGCUGUUCAAGUUAUAGCUCCAUCAAAUGUUGCUGCGCCACCUUUAAAAGAAAGACAUCCGGACGGAGUACAAACUCUUCUCAACUUACUUGCCGAUAAUUUACAACUCACAGUUCUCCAAUACGAUUGUAUCAUCAAGUAUCUCCAAGAAAGAAGAGAAUUCCAAUUAAAACUCGAAUUGGGUGAUGCUGCAACAAAUGCUGGCGCUCAACCUGAUCCAGAAAUUGAAUUGCAAAAGAAAAUUCUUAAUAUUCUCAAUAAGCCAUCUGUGGCAGAGACACAUUAUGAGUUGCUUUAUCCUAGUUUGGAAUCGGUGAAGGGAGAUUAUCGGGCAAUGGAUUUAUUGAAGGAUGUUCGUGUUCAAAAUGCUAUUGAUUCAAUUUUAACUUCUAGUUUGAUGGCUACAAUUGAAAAACAUAUGAAAUUUUAAUACUGACUGCGCAGGAUAUUUAUUUAUAAUGGCAUUUAAUAAAGUUUUAGUAAAUAAAAAUAAGUCAUCAUAA